AUGGCUGACAAUUCAACUGCAAAUUUAAUAUCCACAUUAAAUGAACUUCAAGUAAACUUAACCUAUUACGUAUUACAAGUGUUCUAUGUGUUGGGUAAUGUAGGGUGUCUAUUAAAUGGAAUUACUUUUCUGCAACCGCUUCUGCGAACAUCACCAUGUUCAAUGUAUUUCCUAGCUUCAUCAUGUGUAAAUAUAUUUGAAUUGAACUUUGGUCUAUUGAUAAAUAUUUUAACUUACGGCUAUCAAUUAAAUCCAUCCAAUCAAUCAGUUUUAUUCUGUAAAUUACGAAAUUAUCUAGUAAACAACUUCGCUUUCAUAUCACAAAGUUACAUUGUAUUGGCUUGCAUUGACAGAUAUGCAUCAAGCUGUGAUGCUGUGCGAAUAAGACAGCUAAGUUCAAUCAGAAUAUUUAAGUAUUUAACACUUUUUAUUGGUAUAUUCUGGUUUAUCGUUAAUUUACAUUUAAUAAUUUUUGGUGAUAUUGUUCAAGGACGAGUAUCCGGUUUAGUAAUGCCGUUUUUGAUGAUUCUGUUUGGUCUUUUAACGUUGAAGAAUGUUCAUCGUAUCCGUCGUCAAAUUCAACAAUCAUCAGUUAGUCCAAAUAUACGACGUUUGAAGCAAAGAGAUAUGAAUUUAGUUCGAAUGUUACUUACUCAAGUUGUCUUUAAUGUUUUAUUUACUUUAUUAUAUACAAUGGGUUUAAUGUAUCUGUCCAUAACUACUUAUGUGAGAAGUACACCGCUAACACCAUUAGAUAUAUCAAUUCAAUCAUUUGUGUCCUAUUUAGCUAUUGUCUUUUUUUUCGUACCGUAUUGUUUUGCAUUUUACAUUUAUACAUUGACGGCAAAAACAUUUCGUAACGAACUAAUGAAAGCGUUUGCUAAGUUAUUAAAUCAAAGAACUGUACCAAUAAAUUUUAUAAGCAACCAAAUGGCGAUGCGUAAAAUGGUAUAUUGCCUUCGUUUUGGUGUUUGUAUUAUUGAUGAUGGUGAUCGUCUUAUUGGUGAUUUAGAUGUUGAUGAUGUUGAUCAUUCUAAUGGAGUUGCUGGUGAUGAUAAAGAUGACUUUUUUGGCUUUCGAGUUGUUAAUGAUGAUGUUACUGGUUUUGAUAGCCUUUUUCAUCAUAUAUGCUUCUUGUUAUUCUUCCGCUAG